AUGCAAGUGCGAAACCUGAUCAAGAGCUUGGGCCGCCAGGUGCCAGCAAACAUGUUUGGGACUACAAAUCACGUACUGGACUUCACAUACAAGGUCCAGGGAAUCGAGGACGGGCUCCACGGACUUAACGACGGGGAAGGCGUUAUCGAUGGAGGCCUGCAGGCCGGCGAAGGAGCUACGCAGGCUGAUAGCCUCCCUGGUAGAGAGACUAUUGCUAUUGGAUACGACGACUGUGGCCUCGGAGAUGGACUUGUCAAGCGCAUUAAGAGACGACUUGAUGGAUUUGCCGUUAUGGGUGUUGAAGGCGUGCUUGGUGGCGUCGACUUUGGUUUUAAUUUCGUCAAGGGCAUUUCUGAUGAGAUGAACCUGCGCGCAUGCUAA